CCAUAUAUCUCGAAAUUACCCCUGGCUAUGUUGUAGAAUUACCCGAGCACCCGUCUUGUUCCUCAAGUCGCUUUGAUCCAAGCUCUUAUAUCUCCAUCGACCAGGAGGAAAGGAACAAAUCGGAAAAGAUCGAAGUAACUCAAAAACAACUUUUGUCUCGCGAAAAACAGAUCUGAAGAUGGAGUGCGUGUUCGGUCUUGUCGGUAAUGGAUUCGCAAUCGUGGCGGCGGAUACAUCGGCGGUUCACAGUAUCCUUGUCCACAAGAACAACGAGGACAAGAUCAUGCUGCUUGACUCACACAAGCUCAUUGCCGCAAGCGGCGAGCCUGGUGACCGGGUUCAAUUUACUGAGUAUGUACAGAAGAAUGUGUCACUGUAUCAGUUCAGAAACGGGAUCCCCUUGACUACCGCUGCUGCUGCCAACUUCACUCGUGGUGAGCUCGCCACUGCUUUGAGAAAGAAUCCCUACUCUGUGAACAUCCUGAUGGCUGGCUACGACAAAGAAGCAGGCGCAUCUCUAUACUACAUUGACUACAUUGCAACUCUUCACAAGGUUGACAAGGGAGCAUUCGGUUACGGCUCAUACUUCUCUCUCUCCACGAUGGACAGGCACUUCCGCAGCGACAUGUCCGUUGAAGAAGCCAUUGAACUGGUGGACAAAUGCAUAGUUGAGAUCAGGUCAAGGCUGGUGAUUGCACCACCAAACUUUGUGAUCAAGAUCGUGGACAAGGAUGGAGCUCGUACUCACGCUUGGCGUCAGUCUGUUCAAGAUGUCACCACUGCUUCUGUCUAAGUCUGUUAUGUUGUGUUUUCUACUAAGCUGGCAUUAGCUUUUUUAUUUUAUUUUCAACUUUAGAAGAGCUUAUAUUACAUGUGUUAAACUUUGAAAUGACUUUCUUAUGAGAGAACAACCUAAACAUGUUCUUGUUCCACUA